UAUGCUGCUAAUGGAGCAUGUAUAUUAUUUAUUUCUAUGGUCCAGUGUGUGGCUUCUGGCUGGGCCUUUGGGGCUCAACAGAUGUGCAAUGCAGUUGAAGAUAUGACCGGACAGAAGCCGUGUUUUUUUUUCAAACUCUGCUGGCGUUACUUCACCCCUCUGAUCUGCGUGGUUUGCUUCAUCUGCUCCUUCCUGGAAUACCAGCCCCUAACCAGUGGGAGCUAUGUGUACCCAGACUGGGCCUACUGUCUGGGCUGGGCCAUGGCCCUCUCCUCUGUGGUUGCAGUACCCAUAUGGGCUGUCAGCAAGAUCUGCUUCACAGAGGGCACCCUCAGACAGCGUCUGGUGGUCCUGUGGCAUCCUAUUAGUGACCCUGUCGGUCCAAAGACAAACAAACCACAUCUCCUAACUGAAGCAGAGAUGGAACCGAUGUCAGACCUGUCAGUAUGAAAUGUACUUGUAUAUGGAUUUCUGUAUUCAAGAAGAGCAUGUUACUUUAAGGUGCCAUGGAUACCAUUAGCCACUAGAUGUCACACUCCUCCUCCA